AUGAAAUGGACGGACGACAAAAAGCAACUUUCACACAUCAGGAGGCGUUUCCUGAGUCAGCAGGUCUCGACUCGCCACGCUGUCUCUGCUGGUCUCCAUCAGUCCGCGCCGCUCGCCCUGAUGAAUUUGGACGUCCGUUACUUCUGGAAGUGGAGUGCGUUUGAGGAUUACCUGCUCUUCUGCUUCGGCUUGGCGGCGCUCGGCGCUGUGGUCACGCUGCUGCUGCUGGACUCCGUCGUGUUUGUGGAGGCGCUGGGCUCCCUGGCCGUGACGUUUGAGGCGAUGCUCGCCUUGCCGCAGCUGCUGCAGAACCUGCAGAACCGUUCCACCAGGGGAAUGAGCGUGAAGAUGGUUCUGCUCUGGACGGCCGGCGACGCCUUCAAGACGGCGUACUUCGUGAUGAACGAAAGCCCGGCCCAGUUCUGGGUGUGCGGUUCGGUCCAGAUCCUGCUGGACGGCGCCAUCCUGCUGCAGGUUCUGCUGUACGGCCAGGACGGCCGGGCCAAACUGGGCUGAACCAGGAAACCAGGAGCUGCUGGUCCAGAACCAGAACAUUUUAAAGGCUGGAAAACCAAAGGAAAUGUUUUUAGUGUUUCUUUGAAACCAAAGAAACCAAAACAUCCUGGAAGAAAUUAAAACAUCCUGGAAGAAACCAAAACAUCCUGGAAGAAACCAAAACAUCCUGGAAGAAACUAAAACAUCCUGGAAGAAACUAAAACAUCCUGGAAGAAACUAAAACAUCCUGGAAGAAACUAAAACAUCCUGGAAGAAACCAAAACAUCCUGGAAGAAACCAAAACAUCCUGGAAGAAACUAAAACAUCCUGGAAGAAACCAAAACAUCCUGGAAGAAACCAAAACAUCCUGAAAGAAACCAAAACAUCCUGGAAGAAACUAAAACAUCCUGGAAGAAACUAAAACAUCCUGGAAGAAACUAAAACAUCCUGGAAGAAACUAAAACAUCCUGGAAGAAACCAAAACAUCCUGAAAGAAACCAAAACAUCCUGGAAGAAACUAAAACAUCCUGGAAGAAACCAAAACAUCCUGGAAGAAACCAAAACAUCCUGAAAGAAACCAAAACAUCCUGGAAGAAACUAAAACAUCCUGGAAGAAACUAAAACAUCCUGGAAGAAACUAAAACAUCCUGGAAGAAACUAAAACAUCCUGGAAGAAACCAAAACAUCCUGGAAGAAACUAAAACAUCCUGAAAGAAACCAAAACAUCCUGGAAGAAAUUAAAACAUCCUGGAAGAAACUAAAACAUCCUGGAAGAAACUAAAACAUCCUGGAAGAAACCAAAACAUCCUGGAAGAAAUUAAAACAUCUGCAGCUUCACUUUGAGGGCAUUUCUACUUAUUCUACUAUUUAUUGGAACCUGGAGGAUCAUUCAAGGAAUCCUGGAGGGGAACCAGUCAGAACACUGGAUCCUCUGGAUCCUCUGGUUCCUCUGAUGGACCAGUGGAACCAGUGGAACCAGUGGAUGGAGCGCGGUCCACCUGUCUGACUGAUGCGUCGCCAUCUGGACGUUCUUGGCGUGUGCAGCAUCAUGCUGUGGGCGCCUGCAGCAUCAUGCUGGUUCUGUUUGCUGUUUGGAUCCGGUUUGGAUUGGGUGAAGGUUCAGGGAAUAAUUCUGGGUUUUUAUCACAAUCACUGAAUGUUUCACAUUAUUUUUAGAUCCAAGAUUUUCAUUUUUAUACUGAAUUUAAACGUUCUUUAAUCUUUGUGGCACUGAUAUUUUUCUGUUUUAAUGUUUCAUAUUUUUACAGCCUGAAACAGAAUUUGGACAAAGUUUAAAGGAGUCUGUCCCACUGAAUUUAAACUGAAACAAAUCAAGUUAAAAGUUGAGAAAACAACCAAUCAGAAAGCCGUUGCUGUGGAAACGCAGCUCAUCUGUAGCCAUAGAAACCAAAGCAGUGGAAAAUGUUCAUUGUUGGUUCAAAUAAAUAUUUAGCAUGUUUACA